AUUUUCUUUAUUUUUCUCUCCACCUUUUCACUGCACUUCUUCUUCUUAUUACUAUAAAAAAUGUUGUAUUUACGAUAUUUAAAGUCAUUCUCUCCUUCAAUCGUAAGGAAAGCUCCUGUGGCUAUAAUACAUAAAUCUGUAUUUCUCACGCGUCCAAAUCACUUGCGCCUAUUCCAUAGCUCGUUCAAUUUUCAAGCCAUCAAACCAUUUCUAUUAGCAGAUAUCGGCGAAGGAAUAACAGAAUGUGAAAUCAUCCAAUGGUUUGUCAAGCCAGGAAGCACAGUGGCUGAAUUUGAUAAAAUAUGUGAAGUACAGUCAGACAAAGCCUCGGUAGAAAUAUCAUCUCGUUAUGCUGGAAAGAUUGUCAAAUUACAUCAUGGCGUCAACGAUAUAGCCAAAGUAGGGGCCCCUUUAGUGGACGUUGAGACAGGCGAUGACGAGGAAACAGUUGAGGACGAAGGGACUCGUCAGUCAUCGACUGAAGAAGAGGCGUCAACCCAUAGAGCUGGAUCAAUGGAUAGCAGUCGCGAGGUUACGGAAGUAAAACAAUAUAGAGACUUGGGUGAAGGUAAUAACGGCAAUAGUAAUCAAAGAUCCGUAUUAGCCACACCUGCUGUGAGACGAUUGGCAAGGGAAAAGGGAGUAGAUCUCACACAGAUUAGAGGAACGGGUAAAGAAGGUCGAGUUCUUAAAGAUGAUAUUAUAGCUUAUUGUUCAGGGGCAGCCAUUGGAAAAGACAGCCACCACCAACAACAACAACAACAACAACAACAACAGCAAUCUAUGGCGAUGAAUUCUAUUCAAAAGGCAAUGUUCAAAACCAUGACACAAUCACUUUCUAUACCUCAAUUAGGUUUUAAAGAUGAUAUUGAAAUUGAUGCCACCCUCAAAUACCGUACUGCGCUCAACGAGCAUAUUGCCAACCAUCCUACCCGUUAUCCUUUCAAGAAAAUGUCAUACCUGCCUAUCUUUAUCAAGUGCCUAUCUAUCGCACUGACUCAUUACCCGAUCAUGAAUGCUUCUCUCAGCGGUGACAUGAAUGAUGUUAACUCUAUAAAAAUCAAUUAUCGCCCCUCUCAUAACAUUGGUAUUGCUAUGGAUACUCCUCAAGGCCUUGUCGUUCCCAAUAUCAAGGAUGUGCAGAAGAAAACUAUCUUUGACAUUGCUCAUGAAGUACAUCGCUUGUCUGAAUUGGGCAAAAAGAACCAGCUGUCUAUGAACGAUUUAAAGGGCGGAACAAUUACAAUAUCCAACAUUGGCACGAUUGGCGGUACCUAUGCCAACCCUGUCAUCGUAUCUUCCGAAUUAGCCAUUGUUGCCCUAGGUAGAAUUCAAAAGCUACCUCGUUUCGAUGACCAUAAUAAUGUCAUUGCCAAACAAGUAUUGCCUGUCAGCUGGUCAGCGGACCACCGUGUCAUUGACGGUGCGACUAUUGCACGUUUUGGAAAUUACUGGAAGAAUUUAAUAGAAAAUCCUGCUUUGCUUGCCACUGAACUUCGAUAAAAAUCCAAGUUGUAGAAAUAAAAAAAU